CGGCAAGUUAAAUUUGAGUCUAUUACGUUAAAAAAAAACCUCUUUGUACAGGGCACCGACAAGAGCUCGAACUUGUGGCCAACUGACCGGUUCGGCGCGGGUGACAGCGACCCAGAAGGACAUGAUAGAACGGCCGACGAUGAUACGUGGUACCCGCGGGUUGUGUCGUCCUACGGGCUCACAGAGAGGAUCAACUGGUCACGGCACCUGGAAGCGGACGCGGACUUCCGGUCCCAACAAUCCCCGGCCAUCGCCAGACGGUGGACGCUGCCGGUGCAGUCUGAGGGUCGCGACUAUUACGGGAGUGAGGACGUGGAUGCGGCGUUCCUGCGACGGAAACCAGUUUCGUUCGUGAUAUUCGGCAAGCCCGGUCUGGAGGAUGACAAGCUGGCCGCCAUGCUGUCCGCGUACUGGGGAUGCGUCCACGUGUCCACGACCACCGGGCUGCUGGCGGCCAGUCUCCGGCCGGACGACCAAACCGGUUUGGCUUUGCGACGCGGCGAAGCAGUAAACGCCGCGGGUAGCGCCUCACUGCUCGUUGACCUUUUGGGUAUCGGAGGGACUGAAGUACAGGAACGGGGUUACGUGCUGACCGGAUUGCCCAGACAUGACCCAAAACUGAGUGCCUGUGAACAAAUGAGUGCGGUGUUUACUACGAAUCCACCAGAUGUAUUGAUUUAUAUGAAUUGUUCGAAUCAUGAUUUAGACCAUAUACUUAAUGGACUGACUUUAGAAUCCAUGGAACACGAUCAUCUUAUACAAACACUACAUAUGAACGACGCAGAAUACAGCCACAGGAGCGUAUAUUGGUACAAUAAGUCGUUCGUAACUAGGAAAAUGAUUGAACAGGAUGUGAAGGAUUACGAAAAUUAUUCGCUGAGGGUAAUUGACGAAAUAUUCAAACAGUUUGAUCCAGCACGAGUGAUAACCUUGGACGGCAGAAAACCGGUGAACGAAUUGAUGGAAACGAUUAAAGCGAAAUUAAUGACGAUGUCACUGCAAUACACAGUGUUACCGAAAAUCAUACGGUUCCAGGAUAAAUCAGUUUUGUCCGAACGCUACGAGUAUUACGGUUCCGAGUUCGAGUUCGAAUCGGAAUCGCACGAGGUGGAAACUCUGGCUAGCAGUGAAGAGCGAGCGAGCGAUACAAGCCAAUUACGCGAAGAAAAAUUACACCGCUUUAAUGAUCGUAACGAACAAAUACGUAUAGUGUCUGAAUUCGGUCGUAUGUGCCCCGUGAACUAUUCUAACGGUCGAUUCGUAAUGGGCAGCGACCGUUAUUGUAUGACAUUUAUGGGAAAAUUGUACUACUUUGCCGGACCCGAUGAAAUGCAAUCGUUCGGUAAAUGCCCGAAACAAUUUCUGCAAGUUCAGGGACACCGGUUACCAAUCAGAGCCAUGUUCUAUGGUCCACAGACUUUGACGAAUCCGGCUGCAAAGGCUGUAAGCAAAUUCUUUGGUUAUAACCUGAUAGAUGUUGGGUACUUAACACAGAUACACGAGAAAGACACAAGACACGCGUAUUCGUCUGCGAUCGUCAGUUCUAUACUUAAAACCGCACAAGAGAUCUUAAAACCGAAAGAAAUUCUACCUAAUGACAUAAGCACUAUGCGUAACGCAAUUGCUUAUUGGACACGUCUGAGGUUUAAUACUAUCAUUCAAUCUGAUGGCGUGGAAGAGGAAGAAAUUGAACACGAAACGUUUGAACAAAAUUUUUCAUAUCAAAAAAAACAAGACGAGUACGAAUUGUUCAAAAGGAGGCAAUUAACUGAACUAAAAAACUAUUUUGAAUCAUAUGACAUAGAUUUUUUAGAUGAUUUAUAUGAAUGCAUUCGUGCUUACGAUGAACCAGAAAGCCUAACAAAAUAUUUCCGAAACAUGUCAAAAAAAAAUAGAAAGAAUUUUAGGUCCAGCUUCAUAAAAGAAAUUAAAAAUGUUCAACCUGAUUUAAUAAAUGUUAUUGUUGAUACUGUACGAAUAAAAAACCAGCUCAACAUAAAUUGGAUUAUAGUUAACGCACCAUUGGAUGUUGUAUUAGUUAAAAAAUUAAUCGAUGAAGACCUUCAUCCAAUCCAGAUGAUAUUUUUUCAUGACUCCGAUCCAAUGCACAAUGUAUUAUUAUUGAAUGACGAAAUGUCCAACAGCUAUAGUAAUAACUAUCAGACAAUUUUAGAAAAUGUUAAAAAUGGUAAAAGAUAUGGAACUACAGUUGAAAGAAUAAAAUAUUCAGAAUUUGUCAGUACAAUUGAAAACCCGUUCGAUAUUUCUAUUGAAAGAAUGACUGAAGAUGAGUCUUUCGAAGACGAAGUCAAAAUUGCAGAACAUGAGGAAAAUAAAGACGAAAAUUACUUAAGUCACGAUCACCUAAUGGGAAUAAUUGUUCCAGAAAUAACUGAGAGAUUAAAUCAAUAUACAGAUAAUCUUCUCAUACAAUGGCAUACUUUAAAAAAACAUAUCUCUAAAGAAACAGACCAGAACAUGAAUUUUAAUAUUAUAGAAUGCAACCACAACUCUACAACAAAUUUAUUGAAAUUAUUAAUUGAAGACACUUUAUACUAUAUAAAGAAGUUUUUGGCAGACAAUGUAUACGACGUAUCCACAUCAGAUAUCAAGGGCACUGUACCUACAAUAGGAAAGUAUGAUGGUGAUACUUCCAUUUACUGCCCAGUUAGGUUUGCAAAUGGUAAACUCCGUAUAGGAUCUAAAAGGCACAUGGCAGUCUAUCAUAAUAGGUACUACUACAUGAGCUCGUCCAAAGAUUUUGAAGAAUUUAUUUCUAAUCCUAAUAAAUAUACAUUGUUCACUAGUAUCCCAAAAAUGUACCCAAAACCUAACGUAUCUUUACUUUUUCCAUUUGGUCUGAGUUCAGUAAAUUUUAUCGAAGAAAUAUUGAAUACAUUUGAUUUAACCCUUGUAGACUCGUAUAAAGUAUUUAAACAAAACGUAUUGCCAAAAAAUAUGCCAAUGGUGGGUAAAAUGUACGAGGAACCAACGCUUAGGAAGAUUGUGGAUAGAUAUUUUAUUCCUGAAAAUCAAAAAGAUCAUAUUAACAGCCUGAGAAAAUACAUGAAUAUAGAAAGUGCUUACUUAAAUGACGAGGACUGGUUUAAAAUGAAUUCUGUAUUUUUACAAGCUAAUGAAGGAAUAUGUUAUAAAAAUUACCCUAAAAAUGUGAUAGAACUGAAGUAUUUAAAAGAAAACGAAAUACAUCCUGAUGUUAUUAUAGAAGUAAUUCCUGAAAAACCCGUUGCAAAAGAACACGCCAUCGCAUCGGUCAUUCAAAAUUGGUUAACUUACCAAUAUGUAUUGGUCGACAAGAUCAUUGCGCGAGAUAGUGAGACAAGGCAAGACUCUGUUAACAACAGAUCGAUAUUGUUUAAACAAAAACUAGCUGAGUUUAUAAAACAAAACGAAAUUGACAAAGUUAAAGUACGUUUAGAGAAUAUAAUCAAAACGAUUGCAGCGGAAACAGUGGUAGACGGACCGAACUCGGUGAAAUCCAUAUGCGACAAACUGAAUCAACAAUCGGAUAAAUAUUUUCGCAAGUCUGCACUGACCUCUAUAUCGGAUUUGUUGUCUAGAUACUCUAAACUCACAUUGAAACAGAAAAAAAUCAUAAUUGACCGCGGUUUGAACGUAUAUGAUUUCAUGGAUUUGGACGAUUUUACAAUGUUGGACGAAAUCGAGGAGAUGGUCAACAACGAAUUCCCUGAAGACAAAUACAUAAUAUCCCAAUGUUUUUCGGACGGCUUUGAAUUUCCAUCAAACGCCAUGAUCCAGAAAUACCUGGACACGGAGAAGGGUGCACUGGAAGAAAUGCGAGAGUUUGCCGAAAUAGCCAACAUCCCAUGGAUAACGGUUUCGGGUCCGGACUCCCGGUCGGACGUGAUGAGUGACAUCGCUAAGGUUUUGGGGACGAACACCGACACGCCUUUCGAGUCGACGUACGAAGUGGAUCUGAAGACCGCAGAAGACAUGCUGCGCGCUGGCGAAGUGCAUCUGAGCCGGUUCGGCCGGUGGUGUCCGGUGCAGGCAAUCCGGGGUUCAGCCGACCCAAGCAUCAAACAGUUUUGUCCAAACCUAGUGGACGGCAACGUCCACCCGGUUGUCCACCGCAAGUACGUGUACUACGUGGCCGGCAGUACAGAGAACAGAGACGAGUUCAUGCGGUGGCCUAUGAAAUACGUGCUCGGACAGUCCACGAUGCCACCGUCGGCGCCAAGUUUCCCGCUAAAGAUCGCGGUAGUCGGUCCGCCAGGAAGCGGGAAGUCGCGUUGUGCGAAAGAACUGUGCUUCCUUUACGGACUGCAGCUAAUACAAAUCGAGGACGCCGUCGACGCUUACCUGAAGGAAUACCGGUGGACAGACGUGGCUAAAACGGCCAUGGGCACGUUACGCCGGGGUGACGUGUUGUCCGAGGAAACGUUGGCAGAAGUUGUGACCACAGCCAUGUUCGGAAACCAAGCCACCACGUGGGGCUACGUGAUCGACGGGUACCCAAUGACCAAGAAGCAGUUCAAGCUGUUGGAUAGUACCGGCGUCAUGCUGCAUGCGGUGUUCGUUCUGCAGGAAGAUGGUAUACCGGAAGGAAGCCUCGAAAACGACACGGCAUUGUUGCGGCUCAGACGCGACGCUUGGAAGUCGGCCUUUCCAGGCCUGCCGUGGAUAUCAGCCCGGUACGGAAACGCUACCGGUUUUGUGACCUCCGACACCGAUGGGAUGGUCCUAGCCGUGUCAGCGUGCGUAAAGUCGGUGCUCGAAUACUGGACGAACGUCCGUCGCAACAUCCCGAGCCGGCUAUCAGGCGUACCGGUAACGGGCCGAGAGUACCAGUAUAGCCUGAGCACGUACCUGGACCAGUGCCCAGUGUGCAAAGCAGACUGCGACCGCCUGUUCCGGUCACCAAACCUGGCGGUCACGAGGCAGUUCUCGGUACAGUACCGGAAGUACAUCUACUGGACGUGCUGUACGGAACACGAGGCCGCGUUCAUUCGUAACCCUGAUAGAUACGCCGACGCGGCGCCAGCCACGCCCUACCCGCAUCCGGAGCCCACCACUGACGCCCUGCUGUCUCUGAACCCGUACUUCCAGUGCAGCCUGUCUUCUGAAUAUUGCGCGGUGUGUGUGCUGUCGUGCCUGUGGUUCCCGGAAUACAAGCGCGGCCGCCCCGAGCUGAUGGUCACCUAUGGUAACCGCGCGUACACGUUCUGCUCGUCCCAGUGCAAGCGGGCGUUUUCGGAGAAGCCGUCCUUGUACGCGGAGUACAGUAUGCAUGUCAGUGGCCCCGAACGACCGCUGUCGUCGUCACUACGGCCCUGGGACCAGGACCAGCUCGACGGCCUACCCGUAUGUGGCUACCUGGAACAGACCGUGUCCACGCACAUCAGUUCGGCGCUGGCCGGUCUUACAGCCAUCAAGCCUUUGUACCCGGGCCUGACGCCCAAGGUUUCGGCCAUGGUGUAUUUAGGCCUGCACGUCGGAAUGAACGGAAGCUGUGACAAAGACGUGGCCGAGUACUACCGCAAGGCUUUCCAACAGUUCGUCGAAACCUGUCAGAGUUUCAAAAUCGAGUCGCUCAAAUUGAAAUUGAUGUGAAUAAUAUUGAAUAACAAUAUCUUACGCACACGAUCCGGAUGUAUUUAAGGUUUUUAAUUAUAAUUGAAAUUAUAAAGGUGAUGGUUCAUUAUAAAGAUUGACGAUUUUGUUACAAUUCAAUAAUAAUUCAAAUUAAAUUAUGCUUUCGACUACUUAAAUCGAUGAAAUAACCAAAAUAGUUACAUUCGGCAGCGGUUCUUAAACUAUUGAACAACGCCAACUCCAAAGAUAGACUUUUUCAAACCAUGACCUCUCGCGCAUCUACCUUCCUUCCAAAUUUCCUUUACAAUAACCUUAUUAGAUUCUCAACGGAGCAAUAAAUAUAUUGAUUUUACAAUAAUGUGUAUGUUUUUUUUUCUGUCUGUCUGUCAUCACUUUUAGGGCAGUAAAAAUUCAAUAAUUUUCUACAUCAGCAUUUUUUCUGGUAGGAAACUAAAUCUAGUUACUACUUUGAGGAGUCAAAAGUAAAAACUACUCGGUGGUUUUCAAAAACAUCGGGCAAAAAAAUUAAGAAAAAUUUGAGAACUUUUAGGCAAGACUAAUUCCCAUUUCCUUUAGAAUAAUUUUUUUUUUUAAUGUAUUUACAACAAAUACCUUGGUAAGAUAAUGUAUACUGAAUGAGACAAAAUGGUUGCGAUAACUCUAGUAUAAAAUAAUAAUUUACAUUGAAAUGUAUUUUCUACAAUUAUUGCAUCAUUGCACGCGUAGGUAGUUAAGGCACCGCGGUCGCUCGGUAUAAGUAUCACGAACCCCCCCAAGGGCCACGA